AUCUCUCUCUCUCUCUCUCUCUCUCUCUCAUCUCUCUAUCUCUCUCUCACCUAUCUCAACUCCCAAACAAAAACCUCACAUAGGAACAAGGAAAAACCUUUCACGGACUCGUAUAAAUUUUACAAAUUUCUGAGUAAGAUAGAGAUACAGAGAGAUAUAGAGAUAGAGAUAUAGAGAGAUAUAGAGAUAGAGAUAUAGAGAGAUAUAGAGAUAUAGAGAUAGAGAUAGAGAUGGAGAGAGAAGAUUCUGUGUGUAGAAUGUAAACAACCCACAAUUAAUAGACUAUCUUCCAUUUAUCCAUCACGGACUACUAUAAAACAACAUGUGUUCAAUACUGUCCCUCCUCUAUAAAUCAAACUAAUACUUUACACACACACACCAACCCAUUUCAUACAUUUUUCUCUCCUCUCACAGGCCAUCACAAAAAAAUGGCCUCAAGCUCUGUUCAAAACAGAGCAUGCUCUGUUCUCAUACUCUGCUUCCUGUUCUUGAGCUCAAUUCAAGUAAAUUUGGCGCAGAAUAGGCCGGUUUUCGCCUGCGACGUCGAUAACAAUCCCGGGUUGGCCAAUUUCAGCUUCUGCGAUGUGUCGAAGCCGGUUGGGGAUAGAGUGGGUGACUUGGUGCAGAGGCUGACAUUGGCUGAGAAAAUUGGGUUCUUGGUAAAUAAAGCAGGAAGUGUGAGUCGGCUCGGGAUUCCCAGCUACGAGUGGUGGUCGGAGGCGUUGCACGGAGUGUCUUAUGUUGGUCCGGGGACGCAUUUCUCUUCUGUUGUUCCUGGAGCUACUAGCUUCCCGAUGCCGAUUACCACCGGGGCUUCCUUCAACGUUUCGCUCUUCGAAACCAUUGGAAAGGUGGUUUCAACUGAAGCUAGGGCAAUGUACAAUGUUGGUUUAGCCGGUUUGACCUUUUGGUCCCCGAACAUCAACAUAGUGAGAGACCCCAGAUGGGGCAGAACCCAAGAAACUCCAGGGGAAGACCCAUUGCUGACGAGCAAAUAUGGCUCCGCUUAUGUUAGAGGUUUACAACAAAGAGAUGAUGGUAACAAAGACUGUCUUAAGGUCGCGGCUUGCUGUAAGCAUUACACAGCAUAUGAUAUCGAUAAUUGGAAGGGGGUUGAUCGGUACCAUUUCAAUGCUGUGGUAACAAAGCAAGAUAUGGAUGACACAUUUCAGCCCCCAUUCAAGAGCUGUGUUCUUGAUGGGAAUGUGGCCAGUGUCAUGUGUUCCUACAACCAAGUUAAUGGCAUACCAACCUGUGCUGACCCGAAACUCCUGGCAGGAGUCAUUCGAGGCGAAUGGAAAUUGAAUGGAUACAUAGUUUCGGAUUGUGAUUCUUUGGAUGUGUAUUUCAAAUCCCAACACUACACCAAAACACCCGAGGAGGCUGCAGCCUUGGCUAUAUUGGCAGGGUUGGAUCUCAACUGUGGAUCCUUCCUAGGCCAAUACACUGCAGGUGCAGUUAAAGGCGGAUUGGUGAAGGAGUCGGACAUUGAUAGGGCUAUCUCCAACAAUUUUGCAACAUUGAUGCGACUUGGGUUUUUUGAUGGUAACCCAAGCAAGCACCUAUAUGGGAAUCUAGGUCCGAAGGAUGUGUGCACCCCGGCCAACCAGGAGUUAGCUCGUGAAGCAGCAAGGCAAGGGACUGUGCUGCUCAAGAACACUCCGGGAUCACUUCCUCUAUCUCCCACUGCUAUCAAGUCCUUAGCAGUAAUUGGACCUAAUGCCAAUGUCACAAAAACCAUGAUUGGCAACUAUGAAGGCACUCCAUGCAAAUAUACAACGCCCUUGCAAGGCCUCACAGCCUCGGUUGCAACUACCUAUGCGCCUGGCUGUGCCAAUGUAGGUUGCAGCGUAGCACAAGUGGAUGAUGCUAAGAAGCUAGCAGCCUCAGCUGAUGCUACUGUUUUAGUAAUGGGCACCGAUCAAUCUAUAGAAGCAGAGAGCCGCGACAGGAUUGAUCUUACUCUUCCAGGACAGCAACAACUUUUGAUCACAGCAGUUGCAAAUGUAUCUAAAGGACCUGUGAUUCUUGUAAUUAUGUCAGGAGGUGGCAUGGAUAUACAAUUCGCGAAAGAUAAUCCCAAAAUAACAAGCAUUCUUUGGGUUGGUUUCCCUGGCGAAGCCGGUGGAGCUGCCAUGGCUGAUGUGAUCUUCGGGUAUUUCAAUCCAGGUGGAAGACUACCAAUGUCAUGGUAUCCACAAUCCUAUGCAGACAAGAUCCCCAUGACAAACAUGAACAUGAGACCGGACCCUGCCACGGGAUACCCUGGUAGAACCUAUCGUUUCUACACCGGGCCAACUGUUUAUACAUUUGGGGAUGGACUAAGUUACUCUAUUUUCAACCACCACCUAGUUCAAGCACCUAAGCUAGUCUCAGUUCCCCUGGAAGAAGGUCACGUUUGUCGCUCAUCAACGUGCAAGUCCAUUGAUGUUGUUGAACAAACUUGUCAAAACCUGGCCUUUAACAUCCACAUGAGAGUCAAGAACAUGGGGAAAACAAGCGGAAGCCACACGGUUUUCUUGUUCUCUACUCCCCCUGCUGUGCACAAUUCACCUCAGAAGCACUUGUUGAGUUUCGAGAAGGUCUUUGUGAAUGCAGCGUCAGAAGCUUCAGUGAGGUUUACGGUGGAUGUUUGCAAGGACUUGAGCGUUGUGGAUGAGCUGGGGAACCGGAAAGUCGCCUUGGGACAACAUACACUUCAUAUAGGAGACUUGAAACACUCAUUGAAUGUGAGGAUUUGAAAUAGGGUUUUCAAGUUCUCAUAGCCAUUCUUUUCUCUUUUAGUUUUUUUGGAAGAAAGAAGAGAAAAAAGGUGUCACAAAUUAGGAAAUUGAACAGCAAAUAAUUUGAGGGAGUUGUAACAAUUUUCUCUAGUCAAUAAUUUUCUCUAGUCAAUUGUUCAAAAUCAAUUUCUUGAAAUGGAAAGGAAGUUUUUUCCCUUGAAAAAUCUUUUUCCUAAUA